AAAGUAUUGAAAGAAACAGAUGGAUUGGUUGUGUGAGAAUCUUUAUUUACAAGAUGUAAACAAACCAAGUUAUAUCCCAUCACAGGCAUUCUACGAUUAAGGAAUACAAAAUGCCUAUGCAAAUUCAUUUAUUUUAAUGAAUAAAAGGAAAUUCGAUUUGAGCGACUUAACGAUCAUGAAAAUACUGAGCUUUUAUCGUUGCGUAUCAUUUUAAUCUGCAGAAAGUAUGAUAUUUGUAUUGAUGCGAUUUGAAUAGCGCCCUUUUGCAAGUAAGCUGAACUCGUAGUUUCCAUGGUUCGCGCAAGAGGAACGCCGAGAGGGUGCGUAGUGAAAUCGGUAGAGAAAAUGUUCGGCGACUAGUUAUCCUUCCUAAUUAGUCAUUGUUUUGAUGGAUAUUUCAAGACUCAAUACUGUACAUGUUAGCCUACUCUCAGGGUUUCAACCAUUUCGCUCUUUGUGCCUUACGUUCGAACCGAAAGAGGGUUUUUACUUUCUAAGGAAAUAAAUUCAAAGAAAUAUUUAUUUAACAACUAAGCACUUCUAAUAUACUGUUUAUAUAUCAUAUUUAGUGUAUUUCUGUAAAAGCAUAACCCUUACUGUAUACUCAUAUGGGAAGAGAAAUAACUACGUCCCCAGAGCAUGCAUGUGUGAAACCAUAACCCAUGGCUUAUUACAACAAUCCGGCAAAUUUACAGUAUUACCAAGGGACUUUUCCCGAAACAAAUUCUUAUGCUGCACAGGCACGGUCUUCUGGUUUCUAUGAUGAGCCUUUAAGUGAACCCUUAAGUCAAGGUUGGCUCGCUGCAUUUUCGACCAGUGGAUACCCAGGAGAGCCCUCGUUGCUUGAAGAAUUAGACAUCAAUUUCGGACACAUAAAACAAAAGACCACACAUGUACUGAAUCCUUUUAAACAUGUUGAUGUUCAUAUUAUGGAUGACACUGAUAUGGCUGGCCCAGUGCUAUUUUGUCUCUUAUUCAGUACUUUUCUUUCCUUACAUGGUCGAUCCCACUUUGGAUAUAUUUAUGGAAUAGCUCUACUUGGUUCACUCAGCCUGCAUCUCGUUUUACGAUUAAUGUCUGCAAGAAACUUAUUUUACACCCGCACCGUCAGCGUGUUGGGAUAUUCUUUACUCCCCUUGGUAGUAGUAGCCUUUUUUAAAAAUCUGGUAUCUUUUAAUGGAAUUUUGGGAUAUGCCUCUGCUGCUUUUGCAUCUAUAUGGAGCACAUAUGCUGCCAGCGCUAUGUUUGUUGCUAUUCUCCAGGUUAACAAUAUGCGCUUCCUUGUCGCCUAUCCUAUCGCAUUGUUUUACGCCGUAUUUGCUGUCAUCACUGUCUUUUCUAAAUAAUUGGAUAUCUAGACAGUCAUUGCAGUUUUUGCAAUGGCCUUCUCUUUCACUAAAAUCCUAGCAAUGCUCUUAACCCUGAAGACGUACUAGUCUUUCAUGAUAUCUAGUUUGUAAUGUGCUAUUCGAUUCCUUAUGUUUCAUUUUCUUUAACCAUAUUGAUUCUACCGCUGUAUCCUUCCAAAUAUAACUUCUUUACUAACGCUUAAUGGUUUAAAUAAUAAGAGCUUAAUCAAGUAUGCGAUGGAUUCCAUUUACUUGUGUAAAUAAACGUAUUUGGCCUAAAGUCUUACCGAAAAACCGAAUAAUAAUACCUUCUUCAUGCACAGUACGAAACAGCAUACUCUCCUAGUUUAGAGUGAAGCAAACCAUUAUCGUGAUGGAUUGAUGGAUGCAUAGAUAAAAUAUUUAUUUUUAAGUAAAGUUUUAGAACACAAAAGAAAAAUUACAUAAGUAUCUAAAGAUCGUAGCCCUCAGGUUCUAGCUAUGCUCAUUAAUCGUUUGAAUUUAC